AUGGCUCUAGAGCCCUCUGGUGCAACCCUCGCUACUCUUACACCAAAACCAGAUCUUAAUGUUGACUGCCCAUUUCCACCCCCAAGCCCAGAUAUCAACAUCACAGAAGCCAUCGCACUAGACGACCUAGCUAAUCUCCCGCCUCUCCCCUCUCUAACCCACGAUGAGAUCCAAGACCUCGAUCCAAACUACCCAAAUAACCGUGCAACAAUCCAUUACUACACCCUCUCCCCCAGCGGCACACUAACCCAAGAAACUCACCCCACCCCCGUAUCCCGUACAUCCGUCCUCCUCUCCCUAGAAUACUUCUACACCCUCCGCAAACACCUCACUGCUAACCUAGCUAUCUUGGACACUUAUUCAGGGACGUCGUUGGCGGGUAUCCAUGACACUGAGACUACCCCUUCAAACGUCCCCUGGGAAGACACCGUCACCGACGUACCAAACCCCAAUGCACAUACCCAAAGCGACUCGCGCAGAGACUCCAGCUUCGAGCCCGAAGUCCAGAAGACUGCAACGCGUAAGUCUCCUUUCUUCACGGAGUUGGAAAGAGUCCAAAAUGAGUUCGCUAUGCACCACAUCGCCAUCAACGAGAACCUGCGCGCUGUGAAUAGCAACUGGGGUUGUCACGCGUUUGGUUUACCGGAUCCGCUGGGCGCGGCGAGUGAUAUCAGACGUGAUAGGAACUAUUUCGCGCAUACAUUCCCUACCCCGACUGGUAAGGGUAUUCAGUUGGAGUGGGCGGUAAAGGGGAAGAGGGAGGGUUAUGGGGGGUUACUGGGGUUGGUGGAAGGGGGGAUUUGUGGGCUGCAGGAGCAGCUAGAUGAUACGGAGAUAUGGGUUUCGCCGCAGGUUAUAGAACGGGAGAGACUAGAGAAGGAGGUAAGAGAGCAAGAGGAGAGGUUGGUUGUAGAGGGGGAGGAGCAGGACGACGAUGGAGAUUGUGUGUUGGAACAGGAAGAUGAUGUGGAGGGGAUGGCGCCGCCUGGGUCGCUGUUCUCACGUGUCUUCGACAGCUUUGGCGGUAACGUGGUCCUCUCGCGCUGCUUUCGUUUUGGCGUCGUGCGUAGAGCUGGGCAGAUGUUGUUCGAUUGGUUGGGUGAGAUGCUUGCGGAGGCUAACGCUUUUGCUCUGCGCAGGGCUGGAAAAGGGGCAGCUGAGAAGUGUGGAGAAGGAGAUGAGUGGGGGAGUCAGGAGGACGAGAUUGGAGAUUACGACUGUGGGAGUCAAGAGUACAAGAUUGAAGAUGAAGAAGGCUAUGGGAGUCAGGAUAUGGACGCGCAUCUGGAACGGCCGGAUAGUGGUUGGGGUGACCCGCAAUGGUAG